AUGGAGAAGGAUAGUAGCGCAGCCGGCGCUGGGAAGACGGGAGAGGCAAAGCCGACGGCCCCAAUAGUCGAGGAGAAGCGGCUAGCGGAUGCGGCCGACGAUGUGCCUGAUCCAGACGAGGAUGAUUUGGACGACUUGGAUGACAUGCUCGACGACUUCGCCGCGGUGAACGUGGACACCAAGAAACCCGAGCAGCCAGCUGCGCCUUUUGCGACUGGCCCCGGAAAGCCCGCGACGGCUACCGAGGAUGGGGCCGAUGACAAGACGCUGGAGGACAUGCUUUCUUCCGACGACUUUGCAAAGCAGCUUCAGGCUGGCAUGGCUGACUUGAUUGGCGAGUUUGAGAAAAACCCAGAAAUGCAGGCGCAAUUUGACAACGUCUUCAAGCAAAUCAGCGCCGCUGCAGGGGAAGCUGAAUCUUCUCAGGGGCCAGCCACAACAUCAGCCCCCUCUCGGCCAGUUUCUUCCUCCGGCAAAGCCCCGGCCUCAGACCCGAUCGCCGACGGUUCCUUCCAAGAGACAAUCAAGAAGACGAUGGAGCGCAUGCAAGCGUCAGGGCAGCAGGCGACGGCAGCGGCGGCAGAAUCUUCAACCGAAGACUUCCUUGCUGAGAUGAUGAAGCAGCUCGGAGAGGGCAACAUGGAAGGCGGCGGCGGCAACGAGGAGGAAUUCUCGAAGAUGCUCAUGGGCAUGAUGGAACAGCUUACCAACAAGGAGAUCUUGUACGAGCCCAUGAAGGAGCUCAACGAUAAGUUCCCCGAGUGGUUCGAAAAGAACCGCGAGAAGACGCCCGCGGAAGACCUCAAGCGGUAUGAGGACCAACAGGCUUUGGUCAAAGAGAUCGUGGCCAAGUUUGAGGAGAAGACAUACGCAGACUCCAACGCAGCGGACAGAGAAUACAUCGUCGACAGGAUGCAAAAGAUGCAAGCCGCCGGGUCACCUCCGUCAGAUUUGGUUGGCGACAUGCCAUCGGCACAGGAAGCGUUCAACCCAGAUGAGAGUUGUAAUCCGCAAUAA